AUGUAUCCGCAGAAGUUAUCACUAUCGGCUCCAGCAUCUACAAAUGCUGGUAGGCGAUAUAACAAGGCCCAUGAUUCUCUUUAUGCACCCAGCACUACUGAAACGAAUGUACACACUACUGAUACAAUACAACAAGAUCGUAUUGCUUGGCAAACUAUGUCUCAAUAUUUGACUCUUCGACUGAUGCAAACACGGCGAUCUAGCACAACAAACCGUACCGAUCGAGCAUUUUCACAAGCAGAAGUACCUUCACAAUACGUUCGAAAGCUUCCUCAUAAGAGUAAUCGUUUAAAAGUGUCGUCAUCAGCUAUAUCUGAUGAAAUAUCGGAACGUAGCUUCAAGCACUUGGAUCCAGUUACAUUGGAAUUUGAUGAAGAUAUCAUCGAAGGCACACCAGCACUUGAAACUGAUGUACAUAUCAUGCCAUUGGACAGACUAAUUGAACGUUUCAACAGUAAUUUAACAAUUGGUCUGACAGAUAGCAUCGUAGAACAACAUCGUACAAUCUACGGAAAAAAUAAACUAACACCAUCACGCCCGCCAAGCCUUAUUUGGAUGUUCAUCACACAAUUGCUUAUCGGUUUCAAUGGUGUCUUAUGGCUUGCUACUCUAUUCGCUUUUCUCAGUUACAAACCAUUUGGAGGUUCCGAUCCCGACGUGACCAAUCUCGCCUUAGCUGGCAUACUGGUUUUUGUCAUCGUGUUCAAUGCAUUGUUUAACUUCUAUCAGGAAGCAAAGUCAAUGAAAAUUGUCGCAUCCUUUUCAAAAAUGCAACCUGCACUUGCCACUGUUAAACGGAAUGGUGUUGAAAUGCAAGCUAGUGCAGAGGAACUUGUGCCUGGCGAUAUCGUUCGUAUUCGUCUCGGCGAUCGAAUUCCAGCUGAUUGUCGAUUGAUUUCGUGCGAUGAUCUUCAAGUAGACACGUCCCAAUUGACUGGCGAGUCGCUACCGGUUACGUGUACGGUUAAAUGCACAGAUAUGAACUUUAUGGAAACGACCAACAUGGUUUUCUACUCGUCCCUCGUUGUUCAAGGCUCAGGUGAAGGCAUAGUAACUAAUAUUGGAGACAAAACUGCACUUGGACAAGUUGGUCAAAUGACUCGAAGCACUGGUAAUUCAGAAGUGACAGGACUUCAUCGAGAAAUCAACCGUUUUGUCCUAUUUAUCAUCAUCGCUGCAUUCACAUGUGUUAUUCUCUUAUGGAUUACUUGGGCUGCCUGGCUCAAUAUCGUCCAUGAUGGAUAUAUCACCGUUAAUGGUAACGUAGUCAAUUCCAUUGGUAUGGUAGUGUGCUUUAUUCCUGAAGGUCUACCGGCGGCUGUCACUCUUGUCUUGACUAUCGUUGCAAAGCGAAUGUAUAAACAAAAGGUGAUGGUGAAAAGUCUAGUCACCAUAGAAGCGUUUAAUUAUGUUUCUGUGAUAGCUACAGACAAGACUGGUACUUUGACAAUGAACCAAAUGACUAUUACCGCUCUUCUUUGGGGAACUCAAGGAGAAUAUAUGGUUCCUAUACACAGCGAACAUCAAACAAAUAUCACAUCGGAGCACGAACAACACCGUCUGAUUGAUCGAAAACGACCAUCAUUAACUGCAACCGAUGUUCCCAGUGCUAUGAAAGAUCUAAUUCUUGGUGCCUGUCUUUGUAAUAAUGCAACAAAACAAUCGUGUAUUACACACAAUAACGAUAAUGGAGUUAAUAAUCCAGUGUUAGACACCAGUGCUGAUGAUCAGACACCAGCAAAAGAAGCACAGAUCAUUGGAGAUGCAGCUGAUGUGGCAAUGUAUCAUAUGUGUAACGAAAAAUGUUCUAUCAAUAUUGAACAAGUAAAGAAGGUUAAUCCGCGUAUUAAUAGCGUUCCGUUCAAUUCGAAAAAUAAAUUCAUGAUUACGGCCAAUCUUCUAGAACAUGUAUCAAAUGACGAGGAAAUGGUGCUGAUUACAUUGAAAGGUGCACCUGAUUUUAUUUUAUCACGUUGUUCAACGUACAAAACCGACUGUGAUGAAGACACGUUGCCGAUGACCGAUGAAUUUCGAACUAUCCUUCAGCAACGACAAGAAACAUUAGGUGAAUCAGGAUAUAGAGUGAUAGCGAUGAUUCAACAAAAACUGACGAAACGGCGAUACGAUGCUAUGAUGGAGUCGUACAGGGCAGGCAAAAGCCAUCCGCAAUCAACCGAAGAGUCAUCGUCUAGUGUACUCGACUUGAAUGGAUUACCAGCAGAUAACUAUUGCUUCAUUGGUAUGUUUGCACUGCUUGAUCCAGCGCGUCCGGAAGUACCUGAAGCUGUGCUCAAAGCACGCCAUGCUCAUAUUCGUGUUGCUAUGGUCACUGGCGACCAUCCGACGACAGCAGCGGCGAUUGCCAAGAAGGUCAAUAUUUUUACCAAAGAAAUCAGUAUUGACGGUGGUACUGACAAAUUCAAAAUAGAAUACAAUAGUGAAACACAAGAAACUGUAGCCCAUUUUCUACGUAAUACACAUACAUUGCUUGAACGUCAUAUUGUUGGAGAUUUAACAACACCCACCAAUAUAAAGGGCAUAAAAUCAAUUUCGAAUCCGAAGAAAAAGUCGAACAUUUUUAAAAGACUCUGGAACGGGUUUCUCUACUACUUGCGCGAUCCAAAUCAAGUCAAAAGUGUGAAAAAACUUGAUAUUAUUCCAUACGGAGUCAUUGUUACCGGUAGUGACAUGCAUUCAAUGGACGAACACAUGUGGGAUUGGGUCUUGUCUCAUAGAGAAAUUGUUUUUGCUCGAACAUCACCAGAACAAAAACUACAGAUUGUUAUGGCAUUUUCCAAACGUGGUGAAGUCGUCGCCGUGACAGGAGACGGAACAAACGAUGCGCCUGCACUUAAACAGGCCGAUUUAGGCGUAGCAAUGGCAGCGGGAACAGAAGUUGCCAAGGAAGCGGGAGAUCUGAUCUUACUAGAUAACAACUUUUCAUCAAUUAUCAGUGCAAUUGAAAUGGGUCGAUUGCUAAGUGAUAACUUGAAAAAAGUUGCCAUCUAUCUGCUACCAGGAGGCACAUGGUCUGAAGUAAUUCCUGUACUUGUGAGUACUUGGAUGGGCAUUCCACUUUCACUAUCUCUUUUUCUUGGCGUUGUUUUCUGUAUGUUUAACGACAUUGUUAAUUCUUUGGCAAUGGUUUCAGAAAAAGCCGAGCAGGAUAUUAUGUCUCGACCGCCAGCCAUUCGUCAUAAAACUCAUCUGAUUGAUUGGAAACUACUUGUGCACGCUUACUUAAUUAUGGGAAAUAUUGAAUGUUUUACUGCGUUUUUCUGCUUUUUCUGGUAUUAUGCGUCGGAAGGUAUUCCCGUCAGCAGUAUCUUUUUCACUUACGCUAGUUUUGGUACCAAUCCUCCCAUCGAUAAGUCAGCGGAUGAGCUCACUAGUAUUCUACAAACCGGUCAAUCAAUAUAUUAUGUAUCGUUAUGUAUCAUGCAAAUGUUUAACCUUAUUUCGACAAGAACACGCUAUGUAUCAUUCUUUAAACAUAAUCCAUUCUUUGGAAAAACGCGUAAUUUAACCAUCUGUAUCGGAGUUGUUUUCUCAACCUCUGUCGGUCUACUUAUUACACUAGUACCUUGGUUCAACUCAGUAUUUAAAACUAAACCAGUGCCAGUAAAGUAUAUCUGUCCAGCGCUAGGCUUUGGUGUUGGUUUAUUUGUAUUCGAUGAAGUACGUAAGUUUCUUGUGCGACGUUAUCCAAAAUCAUUGCUGGCCAAAAUCGCUUGGUAA